CACCGUAGACCUGAGGGGUGCGGAAUGAACACCGACCCUCUUUCUCUCUUUCUUUAUUUGCAUUUCAUUAACAAGGUUUCAUUUUGCUCUCUGCAUCAUUGACAGCUUUUUAAAAACUGGUUAUUGUAAUUCUGCACCUCUGCUCCGGUGGAUAAAUAUGAGUUCCUGUGUUGUGUGUUCUGCCCAGGAGAGCUGUGUGACGGUCUGUGGUGAGACAGAGUGUAUAUGAAUGAGGCCGCGCGAUGGCUGCGAUGAUUCCUCCGGUGAAGCUGAAAUGGUUGGAGCAUCUAAACAGCUCGUGGAUUUCGGAGGACAGCGAGUCGAUCUCCACGCGAGAGGGUGUGGCUCUGCUAUACUCCAAGCUCCUGGCUAAUAAAGAGGUGGUGCUGCUCCCUCAGCAGGUUCUGUGCCUCAAAGGCCCGCAGCUGCCUGACUUUGAGCGUGAAUGUCUGUCGCGUGAUGAACAGGAGCACUACCUCGACGCGCUGCUGGCCAGUCAGGUGGCUUUGGCCAAAACCGUGUGCUCGGACUCUCCAUUCGCGGGUGCUCUGCGCAAACGUCUCCUGGUGCUGCAGCGCGUCUUUUACGCGCUCUCCAGCAAGUACCAUGACAAGGGCAAGGCCAAGCAGCAGCAGCACUCGGGCGAGAGCGCGCUGAAUUCCUCCGAGCUGCAGACGGCUAGCGAACGGCCGCGCUCUAGUACAGACGCGCUAAUCGAGAUGGGAGUACGCACCGGUCUGAGCUUACUCUUCGCGCUCCUGCGUCAGAGCUGGGCCUUGCCCACCGCCACACCCGGCCUCAGCCUCUGUAACGACAUCAUCACCACGGCGAUUGAUGUGGUGGGCUCGCUGCCGCCGUUAUCUCUAGCCAACGAGAGCAAGAUCCCGCCCAUGGGGUUGGACUGCCUGGUGCAGGUCACCGCCUUCCUGAAGGGCGUAAUCGCCUGCCAAUCAGGUGCAGACGUGGUGGGGCGCAGACUGGCCUGUGAGCUACUGCUGGGUUUAGCGGCGCAGAGAGGAUCGCUGCGAUAUCUGCUGGAAUGGGUGGAGAUGGCGCUGGCCGCCUCGGCUGGAGUCAGUUGUUUGGAGCAGAACCCUGACCAGGAAGGCCUGAUGGGAUAUGACUGCUUCAUGAACAUCCUCAUGCAGAUGAGACGAUCAUUGGGCUCAUCGGCAGACAGGAGCCAGUGGAGAGAGCCAACUCGCACUCCGGACUGUCUGUGCUCUCUGUAUGAAGCAGCACUCUGUCUCUUUGAAGAGGUCUGUCGCAUGGCGUCCGAUUACUCGAGGACAUGUGCGAGUCCAGACAGCAUCCAGAUGGGCGAGGCAGCGAUGGUGUCUGAGACGUGUGAGGUGUACGUGUGGGGCAGUAACAGCAGUCACCAACUUGUGGAAGGAACGCAGGAGAAAAUCCUUCAGCCCAAACUCGCAGCCAGCUUCAGCGACGCACAAACGAUUGAAGCCGGUCAGUACUGCACGUUUGUCAUCUCCUCCGACGGCUCUGUUCGGGCUUGUGGUAAGGGAAGCUACGGCCGCCUGGGUCUGGGCGACUCUAACAAUCAAUCCACACUAAAGAAGUUGACCUUCGAGCCUCAUCGCGCCAUCAAGAAGGUUUCCUCAUCCAAGGGCUCGGAUGGCCACACGCUAGCAUUCACCAGCGAAGGGGAAGUGUUCAGCUGGGGAGAUGGAGACUAUGGCAAACUGGGACACGGGAACAGCUCCACACAGAAAUACCCCAAACUCAUACAGGGACCCCUGCAGGGAAAGGUGGUAGUGUCGGUGUCAGCUGGCUACAGGCACAGUGCAGCGGUUAGUGAGGAUGGAGAGCUGUACACCUGGGGAGAAGGUGACUUUGGAAGACUGGGCCACGGUGAUAGCAACAGCCGGAACAUCCCCAUGCUUGUGAAAGACAUCAGUAAUGUAGGCGAGGUGUCCUGUGGCAGUUCUCACACCAUCGCACUGUCUAAAGAUGGACGAACCGUUUGGUCCUUCGGGGGUGGAGACAACGGUAAGCUUGGUCAUGGCGACACCAACCGUGUGUACAAACCGAAAGUGGUUGAGGCUCUGCAGGGAAUGUUCAUCCGUAAAGUGUGUGCUGGAAGCCAGUCGUCUCUGGCGCUUACCUCCACAGGACAGGUGUAUGCGUGGGGCUGUGGUGCGUGUCUGGGCUGCGGAUCCUCCGAAGCCACCGCUCUCAGACCCAAGUUGAUCGAGGAGCUGGCCACAACCCGGGUUGUAGAUAUCUCUAUAGGAGACAGCCAUUGCCUGGCUCUGUCACAUGAUAAUGAAGUCUAUGCCUGGGGUAAUAACUCGAUGGGUCAGUGCGGGCAAGGUAACUCAACCGGUCCCAUCACCAAACCCAAGAAGGUGAUUGGUUUAGACGGAGUGGCCAUUCAGCAGAUUUCUGCAGGUACCUCUCACAGCUUGGCUUGGACCGCCCUGCCGCGAGACAGGCAAGUGGUGGCUUGGCACCGGCCGUACUGUGUGGAUCUGGAGGAGAGCACUUUCGCUCAUCUGCGCUCGUUCCUGGAGAGAUAUUGCGAUGGCAUCAAUAACAAAGUCCCUCCGCUGCCCUUCCCUUCCUCCAAAGAGCACCAUAACUUCCUGAAGCUGUGCCUGAAGCUCUUAUCCAAUCACCUGGCUCUGGCGUUGGCAGGGGGCGUGGCCACCAGCAUCCUAGGACGGCAGGCUCGGCCUCUUCGUAACUUGUUGUUUCGAUUGAUGGACGCCUCGGUGCCUGAUGAGAUUCAGGAGGCGGUCAUUGAGACGCUGUCCGUAGGUGCUACCAUGUUGCUGCCACCUCUGAGGGAAAGAAUGGAGCUUUUGCACUCACUUCUUCCUCAAGGACCUGACCGCUGGGAGAGCCUCUCUAAAGGACAGAGGAUGCAGUUGGACAUAAUUCUGACCAGUCUCCAGGAUCACACCCACGUGGCAUCUCUGCUGGGCUACAGCUCUCCUCCGGAUGUGUCCGAGUCCCUCACGCUGUCCUCAGACCCCACACACACACCGGACACACACCCUGACACACACCUCGCCGAGAUCCUCAUGAAGACUCUACUCAGGAACCUGGGCUUCUACACGGAUCAGGCGUUUGGGGAGCUGGAGAAGAACAGUGAUAAGCAUUUACAGGGAACAUCUUCAUCUGAUAACAGUCAGCCUGCUCACCUCCACGAGCUCCUUUGCUCUCUACAGAAACAACUGCUGGCCUUCUGUCACAUGAACCCAGUCACAGAGGACUCCAGCAGUGUUGCUCUUCUCCAUAAACACCUGCAGCUUUUGCUGCCUCAUGCCACAGACAUUUUCACUCGUUCAGCUGUGCUUCUGAAGGAGAGUUCAGGAAAUGGAAGCGUUUGUGAGAAACUGAGAGACGUGAUGUACGUGUCUGCGGCGGGGAGCAUGCUGUGUCAGAUCAUGACGUCGUUGCUGCUGUUGCCCGUCUGGGUGGCUCGCCCGCUCCUGAGUUUCCUGUUGGACCUCCUGCCACCGUUAGACCGCCUCAACAGGCUCCUGCCGGCUGCCGUGCCACUCGAGGACCAGGAGCUGCAGUGGCCUGUGCAGGGAACCUCGGAGCCGGGGGAGCAAGGGUGUGUGUCCGGGUCUGCACACUCCUGGGUGUGGCUCAUGGAUCUGGAGCGCACGGUGGCUUUGCUGAUUGGCCGAUGUUUAGGGGGAAUGCUGCAAGGCUCCGCCCCCUCAUUGGAGGAACAGCAGACAGCGUACUGGCUGAAAACCCCCGUGUUCGGCAACGGUCUAGAGACCGACAUACCACAGCUAGAUUCGUGUAUCAGUGCGCUCCUGGAGGCGGCUCUGUGUGGGAAUGAGGAGAAGAAGCCAUUCGACUGCGCACUGCGAGCUGACAUGAGCGUGUUAGUGGACCUGGCCCUCGGCUCCACUAAAGAGCCCACAUACAGCCUGUGGACCAACAUGCUGGACUACGCCAUCAGCAAGGACUGGGACAGUGCUACGCUGAAUAACGAAGCUUUAUUGGACAUCGUGUCUCGCUUUGUUCUGGCUACGCUAUUGAAACACACCGGGCUGCUGGGUCACGCCUGUGGAGGGGGCAGGUACCAGCCAUGUAAGCUGUUGGCUGAAGUGUACCGGAAUGUGUAUAAGGUGCGGAAUCGCUUACUGGCCUGCAAGAACAUGGAGUUGAUCCAAACUCAUUCGCCGUCCAGAGAGCGCAGAAUCUCAGAGAAUGUGGACUCUGUGGAAAUGGACCCUCAGGAGCACGCUUUCACUCGCACCAUCGACGAGGAGGCAGAACUGGAGGAACGAGCCGAACGAGAGAGGGAGCGAGAGGAGAACCACCAGGAGCAGGACGAUGAGGAGGAGAGGGAGCAUGAGGUCAUGACCGCAGGAAAAAUUUUCCAGUGUUUUCUCUCGGCCCGGGACGUGGUGCGAAGUCGUGAGCGAACUCGCACAAGCAGCGUCGGGGUCCCAGACGAGUCUGUUCAACCAGGCCAGGAGCGCAGAAAUAGCGCCCCCUUACAGGACAGGCAAGACCUCUACACCACCUCCUGCAACGGCAUCAUCCAUCGCUGCGCCAUGCUGCUAAUGGCCGUCAGUCCCACGCUCACACACACCACCAAUGAGCAGCCGGCACUGAGUGUCGCCAUUCAGGACAACGGCGGACUCAUGACCAGGAGCGAGAGUUUGUCUGCCGAGAGUCGUUCCACACAGAGUGGCCCGAGUUACAGACUCACUAAAUCCAGAAGCGAGUCUGAUCUCUCCCAGCCUGAGUCUGAUGAAGAAGGAUACUCACUGAGUGGAAAAAGGAAUGUUGACCUGGAUUUGGCUUUCACGCAUAAAAAGAGAGAUUUUGCACACAGCACUCCGGACUCUGCCGACUGGUUCGGUCGGCGAUCGGGUCACCAGCGUUUGUACAGCUCCCCUCAGUCUUACGAGGAGUCUGACUUGGACCUGAGCUGCACACUGCACAUCCACACACUCAUCGACAACAUCGUCAGCUUCAUCAGUGGCGAUGUGGGGACCACGCCCGGGUUCAAGGAACCAGAGGAGAGCAUGUCGACUAGUCCUCAGGCUAUGGUUAUAGCCAUGGAGCAGCAGCAGGGCAGAGCGGAGCUGCGAUUAGAUGCCCUGCAUCAGAUUGUGGUUUUAAUCGCUGGGAUGGAGGAGAAAAGCAGCCAGGCUGGAGCAAAGGGUGUGGUCGGGCGUGGUCCUGCUGCCUUUCAUUCCGGCUCCUUAUUGACGUCUGUCAGACUGCAGUUCUUGGCCGGAUGCUUUGGCCUUGGCGCUUGUAACGGAGGACUGAAGGGUGAGAGCGUCCAGCUGCACCAUUACCAGGACGGUAUUCGAGCUGCUAAAAAGCGAUUACAGAUGGACAUUCAGACAGCGGUGCACAAAAUCUACCAGCAGCUUUCCAUCACACUGGAGAAAGCUCUUCAGUCUAACAAGCACCAUAUAGAGGCCCAGCAGCGGCUGCUGUUAGUCACCGUGUUUGCUCUCAGUGUGCGCUACCAGCCCGUGGACGUUUCGUUGGCCAUCUCCAGCGGUCUGUUAGACGUGCUCUCUCAGCUGUGUGGUAAGGAAACCCUGCUGGGACACACUCUCCACCUCCUGCACAAACCUGCUGGCUCGCAGCUCAGCACAGCCCUCAAAGUGGCCAGCACCCGACUGCUGCAGAUCCUCGCCAUCAGCACUGGGACGUACGCUGAUCGAUUGAGCCCUAAAGUAGUCCAGGCUCUGUUGGACCUGCUCUGUAGUCAGCUGAAGACGUUGCUUUCCCAGGCCGCAGGAAGCAUCCUCAGCACAAGUCCAGAGUCCGAGGAGAAGACGGACGACUCCGCAGACAACACGAAAAAAGACUUCAGGGCGUUACUGCGCAAGCAACACACGGCAGAGCUACACCUUGGAGACUUUCUGGUGUUUCUAAGACGGGUUGUCUCUUCCAAAGCCAUCCAGUCCAAGAUGGCGUCUCCUAAAUGGACUGAAGUGCUGCUUAACAUCGCAGCGCAAAAAUGCUGCUCAGGUGUUCCUCUCGUGGGGAAUUUGAGGACACGCCUGCUGGCGCUGCAUGUCUUGGAGGCUGUACUUCCUGCCUGUGAAAGUAGCGUUGAGGAUCAUCAAAUGACCCAGGUGGUUGAAAGGUUGUUCUCUCUGCUGUCGGACUGUAUGUGGGAGGCUCCCGUCGCUCAGGCCAAACACACCAUCCACCUGAAGGAGAGAGAGCAAGAGGGCAAACUCCAGGGUGAGGCAGAGGAGGAGGAAGAGAGCAUGCCUGUUCAGGAAGUGAUCUUCGACCCUGAGAAGACGCAGUGCUGCAUGGUAGAAAACGGACAGGGUCUGACGCACGGUAGCGGCGGGAAAGGCUAUGGCCUGGCUGCUACAGGCAUCUCAUCAGGCUGUUACCAGUGGAGGUUCUACAUAGUGAAGGAGAACCGUGGGAACGAGGGAACGUGUGUGGGCGUGUCACGCUGGCCUGUCCACGACUUCAACCACCGCACCACCGCUGACAUGUGGCUGUACCGCGCUUACAGCGGAAACCUUUAUCACAACGGGGAGCAGACGCUCACGCUGUCCAGCUACACACAGGGCGACUACAUCACCUGCGUUCUGGACAUGGAGGCUCGCACUGUGUCGUUCGGCAAGAACGGAGAGGAGCCCAAACUGGCUUUUGAAGACGUGGAUGCUGCUGAGCUUUACCCGUGCGUCAUGUUCUACAGCAGCAACCCGGGAGAGAAGGUCAAAAUCUGUGACAUGCAAAUGCGAGGCACGCCGCGUGACCUUUUACCCGGCGACCCCAUCUGCAGUCCCGUGGCCACUGUACUCGCCGAGGCUGUGUCUCAGCUGGUCAGGAUCCUGCAUCGCUCAGACGGCUGGACGCAGCCCAUCAACCGGUGCAUGCUUCAGCGGCUGCAGCAGAUCCGCAGCUGCCUGCGUGACGGCGCUCCGCCCUCGGGCAGCGCGAGACUCCGUAAGAGCCGCUCGGCCCAGAGCCGAGACGAACAGGAAGAGGCUAAGGAAGAGGACAGGGACGAGGAGCGGGGCAGAAGCGGCCGAGAGCUGACCGAGGCGCAGCUGCGUACGCUGUGUAACCUGAUCUGGCCUGUGCUGGCCGUGAUCGGAGGUGUGGACGGGGGACUGAGGGUGGGGGGGCGCUGUGUGCACAGGCAGAGCGGGAGACAUGCCACCCUGCUGGGCGUGGUCAAGGAGGGCAGCAUGUCGGCCAAGGUGCAGUGGGACGAGGCAGAGAUCACCAUCAGUGACACGCCGCUGUAUAACCUGGAGCCGUGUGAGCCGCUGCCCUUCGACGUGGCGCGUUUCCGAGGUCUGACUGCCGCACUGCUUCUGGAUCUGACCGCUCUGGCUUCGCUGCAGGAUGACGGUGCCAAGCUCUCAUCAUCUUCUUGCUCUUCUUCCUCACGCCGCCACGAGCGCCGCCACCGGCACGAGACUCACGAGCCGGAGAUCGAAGACAGCCCAGGUGACCUGCGUGUCUCUCACAGCCUGGACGAAGUGCGUUCCCACGCCCACCCCACUGCCCACCCUGAGCCACAAAAGGCCCCGGUGCUGGCCGAGGUUCACGCCGUGCAGCUCUCCUACCUCUGCCUCGGCGCCAUGAAGAGCCUGAGUGUCCUUCUGAGCUGCAGCAAGUACGCCGAGCUCCUGCUCAUCCCCAAGGCGGUGCCUGACAGCGGCCACAACUCUGACUGCGGCAGCCCAAGCGUCGGCGUCUCGCAGGAGGAGGCAGAGAUGCGCUCGGCGCUGCAGUUCCUCAUGAGGCACAUGGUGAAGCGGGCCGUGAUGAGGUCACCCAUCAAACGUGUGCUAGGACUGGCUGAACUGGAGCGGGCGCAGGCCAUGAUCUACAAACUCGUUGUCAAUAGUGUGUUGGAGGAGCAGGAGGGCGGGAAAGUCAAACAAUCGGAUGGUGAGUGUGAGGAGCUGGAAGGUGAGCAGCAGUUCCAGACGCCGGUCACCACCUCACCCUCUGCCUCCAGCAGCACCUCAUUUAUGAGCUCCUCUUUAGAGGACACCACCACGGCAACCACACCCGUCACCACGGCAACCACGCCCGUUACUGAUGCGGAGACUGCGCCAGCCUCGGAAUCACCAGGAGUCAUGCCCCUCAGCCUGCUCAGACAGAUGUUUUCCAGCUACCCCACCACCACGCUGCUGCCUGCCCGGCGAGCACAGACACCGCCUGUCUCGUCCCUGCCCACGUCUCCUUCAGAUGAACACGGCCGUAGACAGAGCUUCACCUCCCCUGAAUCUCAGCCCACCCGGACUACCAACAGGACAGCGCUGUCGGACCCCAGCAGUCGUCUGUCCACGUCUCCUCCUCCCCCCGCCAUCGCUGUACCCCUGCUCGAGAUGGGAUUCUCCCUCAGACAGAUCAUGAAGGCUUUAGAAGCCACAGGUGCUCGAGGUGAAGCUGACGCUCAAAACAUCACAGUUUUGGCCAUGUGGAUGAUCGAGCACCCUGGCACCGAGGACUCAGAGGAGCGCAACAUGUCCUCUGACUGCUCGGGGGCGGCUGGAGGAGGCAAGAGUGCAGAGAGGGCCUACCUGCGCUCACCUGGAGACAUCCCCAAUGCGGACGCCGCCGAGCCAGAGGAGGGAUUCAGCGAGAGCAAUGAAGGCUUGGAUCAAGACUCCGCCUCUGCCUCCACUGGCCACGCCCCCCGUGGGCGCUCAGCCACCGGUAGAAAGCAUCGCUUUGAUCUGGCAGCUCGCACGCUACUGGCUCGUGCAGCUGGGCUAUACCACUCGGUGCAGGCUCACCGCUCGCAGGUACGCAGGGAGGGGUCAGGACUGCAGCAGGACUCUGGCACACUGGGCGGAGUUUACGACUUCAACCUGGACGAGGAGCUGGAGCUGGAGCUGGACCAAGAAGCCAUGGAGGCCAUGUUCACCCAGGAGCUCGCUUCGGACUCUGACAUCCUGGGAAUGUGGAUUCCGGAGGUACUGGACUGGCCAACAUGGCACGUGUGUGAGUCAGAGGAACGUGAGGAGGUGGUGGUCUGCGAACUCUGCGAUGUGAACGUAUCCAGCUUCAACCAGCACAUGAAGAAGAGUCAUCCGGGCUGUGGGCGGAGCGCCAACCGCCAGGGUUACCGUAGCAACGGGUCCUACGUGGAUGGCUGGUUCGGAGGCGAGUGUGGAAGCGGGAACCCAUAUUACCUUCUGUGUGGCAGCUGCAGGGAAAAGUACCUGGGGAUGAAGAGCAAGCACAAAGGAGUGGUGCAGGAGAGAUAUAAGGGCCAGGCUCCUGAUCUGCUGGGAAAACAGGACAGUGUUUAUGAAGAGGACUGGGACAUGCUGGACGUGGACGAGACUGAGAAGCUGACAGGCGAGGAGGAGUUCGAGUUGCUUUCAGCGCCGCUCGGACUCACUGAACGCAAACCCGUCCCCGAGGCUGUUCACUUUCCUGACACGGACCCCCUCGGAGCCUCCGUCGCCAUGGUUACAGCCACAAAUAGCAUGGAGGAGACCCUCCUGCAGAUAGGCUGCCAGAGUUCGGUGGAUAAGAGCUCGUCAGGUCGCAUGUGUUUGGGUGAGCAGGCGGCGGGUCUUCAGUGUUCCGCUGAUCGUAUGGUGGCUUUGAGGAGAGUCACUGCAGCUGCUCAAGUCCUGGUGGCCAGAACCAUGGUGAUGAGGGCGCUGUCUCUGCUUUCGGUCAGUGGUUCUAGCUGCAGUCUUGCUGCUGGACUAGAGGCUCUGGGUCUGACGGACAUUAGGACCCUGGUACGUUUGAUGUGUCUGGCGGCGGCCGGUCGCGCAGGUCUCUCCACCGGCCUCGCCUCAGGCCCUGGUGCUUUAGAGCGGCCGCGUGGAACCAAUAAACCCACCAAACCCAUCUCCUGUCUGGCCUACCUUAGCACUGCCGUGGGCUGCCUCGCCUCCAACAGCCCCAACGCCGCCAAGCUGCUCGUCCAGCUGUGCACCCAAAACCUGAUUUCGGCAGCUACAGGCAUGAACCUGACCACAGUGGACGAUCCGAUCCAGAGAAAGUUUCUGCCCAGUUUCCUAAGGGGCGUGGCUGAGGAAAACAAACUUGUCACAUCGCCAAAUUUUGUCGUGACUCAGGCUCUAGUGGCGCUGUUGGCCGAUAAAGGAGCAAGACUACGACCCGGUUAUGACAAGGCCGAACCGGAGAAGAGAGGGCCGUUGGAGCUGGCCAAUGCGCUGGCGGCGUGCUGCCUCUCGUCCCGCCUCUCCUCCCAGCACCGUCAGUGGGCCGCGCAGCAGCUGGUGCGGACACUUGCCGCCCACGACCGCGACAACCAGAGCCGACCACAGACCUUCGCUGACAUGGGGGGCGACUUGCGCAAGUGUUCAACUAUCAAGCUAGAGGCUCACCAGGGCAGAGUGAUCUCCUGUGGGUGGUGUAAUAAGAAAGGUCUUUUGGCGACUAGUGGGACUGAUGGAACUGUUCGAGUCUGGAAUGUGAACAAGAACCAGUACACCCUGCAGCAGACGUGUGUCUUUAACAAAACAGAUGGUUGUUCCCCUGAGGAGUGUUCUAGCGGACUGGGUUCUCCAGGUGAACCGUGUCUGGCACCUGUUGCCUGGAGUGUCCACGGGAAGUUUCUAGCAGCUGCCAUGGAGAAAGUGGUCAACAUCUGGCAGGUCAAUGGGGGUAAGGGUUUGUUGGACCUGCAGCCUCACUGGGUGUCGUCUUUGACGUGGCCGGAGAACGAGGCGGGGUGCCUCUGGGCUGGAGAACCUCGAGAUCUCCUGUUGGUUGGUCGUAUAGAUGGAACCCUGGGCCUGAUUGAAGUUCUAGGUUCCUCAAACAUGCAAAGAACCGAACUACUGCACUGCUACAGGAAAGAUGCGGCUGUGAUGAACAUCGCGUGGUACAGUGAGGAUCGGCCGUUUGCUGUCGGAUACGCGGACGGAAAGCUUCUGAUCGGCUGUAAGGAAGCGCUGGAGAACGGAUCUGUCGUCGUCAUCGAUGCUCAUAAGGAAAGCAUCAGUUCCCUGCGCUGGGGUCCCGGAGGGCAAAUUUUAUUAAGCUGUGCUAAAGAAGAGAUGGUGUGCCUGUGGGCGGAGUCUGGGGCGGGGCUUGGACGGAGCUGGGUGUGUCUCCAGAGCAUCAAUCACCCAAGUGUAGUGAACGAUGUUGCCUGGUGCGGUGUCUCUGGACAGGGACCUAAAGCACUGCACAUGCUGGCCACGUGUUGUCAGAAUGGUUUGGUGUCUGUGUGGACCGUGCCUCAGGACCCCACAGCGUUCUCUCAGUCCAGCUCAGCCAGCACAAAUGCAUGGUGGGAAACGGAGUGCAAAACAAAAGCCAGGUUCACCCCCCAGUGGCGUGAGGCGGCAGUGUGUGUCUUUCAGCUACGAGGUCACAUGACUCCGGUUAGGACGAUAGCGUUUAGUCCUGAUGGUCUCGCUCUGAUCUCCGGUGGUGUUGGUGGUCUCCUGAACAUAUGGUCUCUCAGAGAUGGCUCUGUGCUACAGACGGUGGUUGCGGGCUCAGGAGCGAUUCAGAGCACCGUGUGGAUCCCGGAUGUCGGAGUGGCCAUCUGCUCCAACCGCUCAAAGGAUGUUUUGGUGGUGAAUUUCUCCCCGGAGUUCAUGGCUGCUAAUCACGUGUUAGCGACCUGCCGCACUGCGCUGAAGAGGCAGGGGGUUGUGGGAUUGAACAUGGCUCCCUGCAUGAGGACUUUUCUCGAGAGACUUCCCAUCAUGCUUCAGGAGCAGUACGCCUAUGAGAAGCCACACGUGGUGUGUGGAGAGCAGCUGAUCCACAGUCCGUACAUGCAGUGUUUGGCGUCUCUGGCCGUCGGGCUUCAGUUGGACACAUUACUGUGUCGCCCUCCGGUGCCUUUCCACCUGGCCCACUGCCCCUCCCAGCCUGGAUCCUCCUCAUCUUCAUCCUCUUCUUCCUCCUCAUCCUGUCCUUCCACACAACUGCACUCAUGGGGCAGCAGCGAGUGGGCGUGGCUACAUUGCUUCUCCACCACCGUAAAGACGGCCGAGGCGCUCGCUCGCAGUCACACUUUCCCAGAAUCAUUCAGUGUGCCUGAUCUGGAGCCUGUGGCAAAGGACAAGAUGGCACUGUUGAUGGACAACAGUAAAUGGGCUCCUGGGAUGGACGAGCAAUUGAUGUCAUGGGCCACCUCCAGGCCUGAGGACUGGCACCUGGGUGGGAAGUGUGAGGUGUAUCUGUGGGGCGCAGGACGCCACGGUCAGCUCGCUGAAGCAGGACGGAACAUUCUGGUGCCAACACCUGCUGCGUCCUUCUCUCAGGCCCAACAGGUUGUGUGUGGGCAGAACUGCACAUUUGUGAUUCAGGCGAACGGAACCGUGUCAGCGUGUGGAGAGGGCAGCUACGGCCGGCUGGGUCAGGGCAACUCGGACGAUCUGCACAUUCUUACAGUCAUCUCAGCACUACAAGGGUUUGUAGUGACUCAGCUGGUCACGUCGUGUGGCUCUGACGGACAUUCGAUGGCUCUGACUGAGAGCGGUGAGGUGUUCAGUUGGGGAGACGGCGACUACGGCAAACUGGGCCACGGCAACAGUGACCGCCAGCGCCGGCCGCGCCAGAUAGAGGCUCUGCAAGGAGAGGAGGUGGUGCAGAUGUCUUGUGGGUUUAAACACUCGGCCGUUGUCACAGCAGACGGUAAGCUCUUCUGCUUUGGGAACGGCGACUAUGGAAGACUCGGGCUGGGAAACACGUCUAAUAAGAAACUUCCAGAAAGAGUUACGGCUUUGGAGGGCCAACAGAUCGGCCAGGUGGCGUGCGGACUGAACCACACUUUAGUGGUGUCAGCCGAUGGUUUGUCCGUCUGGGCGUUUGGAGACGGAGAUUACGGGAAACUCGGUCUGGGAAACUCCACUGCUAAAUCUUCUCCCCAGAAAGUGGACAUUCUUUGUGGAAUUGGAAUUAAGAAGGUGGCGUGUGGAACCCAGUUCUCUGUGGCUUUAACCAAAGAUGGAAAUGUUUACACUUUUGGGCAAGAUCGCCUGAUCGGUCUGCCAGAGGGGCGUGCACGAAAUCACAACCGCCCCCAGCAGGUCCCAGCCUUGGUGGGCGUGUUUAUCGAGGAUAUUGCAGUUGGGGCGGAGCAUACACUCGCCCUGGCGUCUACAGGAGACGUUUACUCCUGGGGGAGCAACUCUGAGGGACAGCUUGGUUUGGGUCACACCAACCACGUACGGGAGCCGACUCUCAUCACAGCUGUGCAGGGUAAAACCAUUCAGCAGAUUUCAGCCGGGCGCUGCCACAGUGCCGCAUGGACCGCACCAUCAGUUCCACCCAGACCACCAGGUUCGUCCAUGCCGCUGCAGCUCGGUCUGCCCGCGUGUGUGCCUCCACAGUACGGCGCUCUGAGAGACGUCAGUAUGGAGGCGCUGAGAGCUCGUCUACGUCUGCUCUACCACUUUUCUGAUCUCAUGUACUCUUCCUGGAGACUGCUCAACCUCAGCCCUAACAACCAGAGUUGCACAUCUCAUUAUAAUCCUGGAACAUGGGGUAUCGUACAGGGGCAGCUGCGCCCUCUGCUGGCUCCACGUGUGUACAUGCUGCCGAUGGUGCGCUCCAUCGGUAAGACCAUGGUGCAGGGCAAGAAUUACGGCCCUCAGAUCACCGUCAAGAGGAUCUCCACUCGUGGGAGGAAGUGUAAGCCCAUCUUCGUGCAGAUCGCUCGGCAGGUCGUGAAGCUGAACGCGUCUGAUCUUAGGCUGCCGUCCCGGGCGUGGAAGGUGAAGUUGGUUGGAGAGGGAGCCGAUGACGCAGGAGGAGUUUUUGAUGACACGAUUACUGAGAUGUGUCAAGAGCUUGAAACUGGGGUUGUGGACCUGCUCAUCCCCUCUCCUAAUGCCACAGCAGAAGUGGGGUACAACAGAGACAGAUUCCUGUUGAACCCCUCAGCGUGUCUGGAUGAGCAUUUAUUGCAGUUUAAGUUCCUGGGCAUCCUGAUGGGCGUCGCCAUCCGCACCAAGAAACCUCUGGACCUGCAUCUGGCUCCGAUGGUGUGGAAGCAGCUGUGCUGUAUCCCGCUGAUGCUAGAGGACCUGGAGGAGGUGGACCUGCUGUAUGUCCAGACACUCAACAGCAUCCUGCACCUGGAAGACAGCAGCAUCACGGAGCAGAACUUCCAUGAGAUGAUUCCUCUGGACUCGUUUGUGGGUCAGAGUGCUGACGGGAAAAUGGUGCCAAUCAUUCCAGGAGGAAACAGCAUCCCACUGACCUUCUCCAACAGGAAGGAGUAUGUGGAACGUGCUAUAGAGUACCGGCUACAUGAGCUUGAUCGCCAGGUGGCGGCAGUGCGGGAGGGCAUGUCGUGGAUCGUGCCAGUCCCUCUGCUCUCCUUGUUGACCGCUCGGCAGUUGGAGCAGAUGGUGUGUGGUCUGGCGGAGAUCAGCGUUGAGGUGCUGAAGAAGGUGGUGCGUUACCGGGAGGUGGAGGAGCAGCAGCAGCUCGUGCAGUGGUUCUGGCAGACUCUCGACGAGUUCUCUAACGAGGAGCGCAUGCUGUUCAUGCGCUUCGUCUCCGGACGAUCGCGUCUCCCUGCUAACACCGCCGACAUCUCCCAGCGCUUCCAGAUCAUGAAGGUGGACCGGCCGUACGACAGUCUUCCCACCUCCCAGACCUGUUUCUUCCAACUCCGCCUCCCACCCUAUUCCAGCCAAUCAGUGAUGGCGGAGCGGCUACGCUAUGCUAUUAAUAACUGUCGUUCGAUCGACAUGGACAACUACAUGCUGUCUCGGAAUGUGGACAACACAGAGGGCUCGGACACCGACUACUGACCGAGCCUCAACGCACAAAGACUCACACUGAAAUCGGACUCUGCUCUUUUUAAACAUCAAACAUAAAAAUCCUCUUUUUUAAUUAUUUUUUUUCUUUUAUUAGAGGUUAAAGAAGUUACAUGGAGUUAACGAGGGCCAGAGUAUCAACUAGGACAUAUUCAGUUUUCUCUUUCUUUCACAUGCUGCCACCCCAUUUUUUUUUAUGUUUUCUGCAUUAAUAUUUUCAGUUUAAAAAAAUCUAAAAUUGACAAAAGGAAAGAAUAUUGUACAUUGUGUAUAAUGCUUUGUUAGAAAUUGUUUUAAUUCCAUAUUUAUUUUGUUUUAAUUUUGAAAUUGCCUUCACCCAGUUUCAUAAUAGUGAGACAAUUAAAAGCUUUAAACUUG